UCCCACCUGGGCUUUGCGUUGCGUUGUACACAGACAAGAUGGCAGCUUCAUUGGAAGACGAAUUUGAAGAUGCUCCUGAUGUGGAGCCGUUAGAACCGACACUGAAGAAUAUCAUCGAGCAGAAGUCGCUGAAGUGGAUAUUUGUGGGAGGGAAGGGUGGUGUUGGUAAAACGACAUGUAGCUGUAGUUUGGCUGUCCAGCUUGCUGCUGUCAGGGAGAGUGUCCUCAUCAUCUCCACCGAUCCUGCUCACAAUAUCUCUGAUGCCUUUGACCAGAAGUUCUCAAAGGUCCCUACUAAGGUCAAGGGCUAUGACAACCUCUUUGCGAUGGAGAUUGACCCAAGCCUGGGUGUGGCAGAGCUGCCUGAUGAGUUCUUCGAGGAGGACAACAUGCUCAGCAUGGGUAAGAAGAUGAUGCAGGAGGCCAUGAGCGCUUUCCCUGGUAUUGACGAGGCCAUGAGCUAUGCGGAGGUCAUGAGGUUAGUGAAAGGAAUGAACUUCUCAGUGGUGGUCUUUGACACUGCUCCCACCGGUCACACACUUCGGCUUCUCAACUUUCCCACCAUUGUGGAGCGUGGUCUUGGCCGCCUCAUGCAGAUAAAGAACCAGAUCAGCCCUUUCAUCUCUCAGAUGUGUAACAUGCUCGGUCUGGGAGACAUGAACGCCGACCAGCUGGCCUCUAAGCUCGAGGAGACCCUGCCAGUCAUCCGCUCAGUCAGUGAGCAGUUCAAAGAUCCUGAACAGACCACCUUCAUCUGCGUGUGCAUCGCUGAGUUCCUCUCCCUCUAUGAGACGGAACGGCUGAUCCAGGAGCUGGCCAAGUGCCGCAUCGACACACACAACAUCAUCGUCAACCAACUUGUUUUCCCCGACUCAGAGAGGCCGUGUAAAAUGUGUGAAGCCCGCCAUAAAAUUCAGUCCAAGUAUCUAGACCAGAUGGAGGACCUGUAUGAAGAUUUCCACAUAGUCAAGUUACCGCUGCUGCCCCAUGAAGUACGAGGCGCCGACAAGGUCAACACGUUCUCUAAGCAACUUCUGGAACCAUACAAACCCCCAAAUAAGUGAAUCCCACCACGCAGGACCUCCUCUCUCCCUCCUACAGACCACACCCAUACAGUCUGAACUCACCUCCUCUGAGCUCCCCCCCAAGCCAGCCUCAAACCCUGCAGUAACAGCCUCAAGUUGAUCCGCUCAGUCCUCCGCCCGUCAUCCAGUCAAAGCAGAGCACUGUUACAAGACACACGCCCUUACUGAAGGGGAGCUGAUAAAAUCACACACACACAUACAUAACCUGCUUUAUUGUUAGAGAGAUAAGACGGUACGCAUCUGUCACGCCUUACUCUCUGUUCACCUCCUUUUCCCUUCGUUUCCUCUGUGUGGCAGUUGUACUAUUCCUAAGCAAAGCAUUUAUCUUUUUCUCUACAAAAGCCUCCUCCUCCUCCUCCUGCUCAGUGUCCAGCCGCAGUUGUGAAAGCAAAGUGUUUCCAGUGACGGUGCUAUGUAUUCCAGGAUAAAACAGCUUUCAGAUGGUUGAUGUUUAUGCCAUGUUAAUUCUGUGUGGUUUGGUGGCUGUGUCCGUUCUCCAGUUUGACAUUGACUAAGAUUUCACGCAAAUUCAUCUCUCACAUCGGGAAAUCACUCAAUCUCUACAGAUUCAGGGCGUGACAGAAGGACAGUGAAACGAGACAUACUUUUUAAAAAAAUGAAAGAAAAAAGUCCAACAUGUCUGCGGUUUUUUUGUCAUUCUUUUGUUCUCGGACAAGGCCAUCUUUAACGCAAUAAAGCAACCCAGAGCAGUCUGUAGUGUCCAUCACUGUCUGUACAAUCAUCAGACCUCACCUCACCACGCGAUCCUGGUGUUAAUGCAGUUACCUAAUGUUACUGAGGAAGCUUUAUCUCCACAUAUGGCUGUGAGUGUUUGAACUAUACAGUCUUAAUGGCCUGUGUUAAAUAUUUUAGGCCGCUGUAGUUGCUUCAGGUGGUUGAAGACGGCACCAGGUUUAUGAGAUUCAAAGGCAAAAUGUGUGAUGUGAUGAGCAGCCAGAAGAGUUUGUUAUGAUGCAGAUGAACUCCCAGUACCAAGUUCCCAUACAGUGCUCAUAAAACUCCUCCAACUCUCCUCAAUCGUUCUGUGUACAUCCUGUUUACUGAGAACUUUAUGGGAACACUAUUGAGAUACAUUAGUAGCCUUAUUUAGCACAUUAUUAAUUAAAAUAUAUUGAAUGUUGCUUGAUCAAAUGUUGAACAAAUGAAGGGGGUUGUUUUAAAUUAAUAAAAUACUGGACUCUGAUUGGCUCUCCUGAUGCUUCAUUGUUUUCCGACAGAUUUAGACGACAGGUUGACACUUGAGAGAAAGCAUACUAACCCCCUCUCUGUCUCUCUGAAUGCUUUUGAGUCUGUAAAAAUCUGUUUUCUAUAUAAAUUAUGUUGCGAGUGUAAAUUAAAACAAACUUGCGUCAGA